AUGGGAAGAUCACCUUGUUGUGAUAAGAAUGGACUUAAAAAAGGUCCAUGGACCUCAGAAGAGGAUCUUAAGCUCAUUCAAUACAUUCAGAUGCAUGGACCAGGCAACUGGAGAACCCUUCCAAAGAAUGCAGGGUUACAAAGAUGUGGAAAGAGUUGUCGUCUUCGUUGGACAAACUACUUGAGGCCUGAUAUCAGGCGAGGCAGAUUUUCCUUUGAAGAAGAAGAGGCUGUAAUCCAAUUACACAGUGUUCUGGGGAACAAAUGGUCAGCCAUCGCAGCUCGUUUGCCCGGAAGAACAGACAAUGAAAUCAAGAACUAUUGGAACACCCAUAUUAGAAAAAGGCUACUCCGAAUGGGUAUUGAUCCGGUGACUCAUAGUCCUCGUCUUGAUCUUCUAGACCUUUCAUCUUUACUCGGCUCAACUCAGCUUAAUCUUUCAAACUUACUCGGGCUUCAAGCACUUGUAAACCCAGACCUGAUGAGGCUUACAGCUCUUCUAGCAUCAAGCCAUGAAAACCCUGAUUUGAUAUUGCAGAAACUUCAAGAAAACCAAAUCUGCAAUACCCAAUUGCAAAACCAAAGCCAAAUGUUACAACCCAAUCAAUUUCAAGCUCUUUCCCAUGAAGUUCCUACUUGCAACCCUUCUAGUAGUGUUGCUAACUCAUCAUUUCUAAAUCAAACACUAAUGAUGCAAGGGAACAUGGGGCAAUUUUCGGAGAACACAGUGAACUUGAGUUGCGAAAAUUUCCAAGAAAAUUUGGCAUCUUCAGAUUUUACUGGAAAUUUUGUUACCCUACCAAAUUACUUCUAUUCCGAGACUGAUCAAAUCCUGAAAGAUGCAUCAGAAAACUCAACUUUCCAAACGUUGAACAAUAGCAGCAGCAGCAACAGUAGCCAGAAUUUCAGCUUUGAAUCAGUUAUAUCGACGCCAUUGUCAAGCCCAACGCCCUUGAAUUCGUCAUCCAAAUUCAUCAACAAUGCCAUUGAAGAUGAAAGGGAAAGCUACUGCAGCAACUUGAUGAAGUUUGAAAUCCCCGAAAGUUUAGACUUUGAUGAUUUUAUGUGA